UAUAAACUAAACUAAACCCGUCAAAGUCAGUUGGUUAUCCAUCAGCUCAUCCCCUUCAUCCCUUCAUUCGUCCAUUUUCCCCCGUUAUAUGCUUACUAUACAAUGGUUUGCUUUCCCUUGAUCCCUUCUACCAUCUUGUUUUUUUCUUCCGUCCCGCUCAUUAUAGCAAGCAAGCAACAAUGUCGACCCCGAGCUCGCUCAAAUCUGCCGUACUACUGGAGCAGAUGAAGUUCCAUCUCGCCACCGACGCUGGUAAACAACUCACCAAGAAAAUCGGCCUUGUUUAUCAGAUCACUUUCGCCCCUAAGAAAAUGGGAGUCGAUGACCAGAUUUAUGUGGUUGACCUCAAGAAAGGAGAGGUUACUGAAGGUUCGUAUGAAGGGAAGCCCGAUGCCACGUUUUCCUUCAAGGAUGACGAUUUUGUUAAGGUUGCUACUGGGAAGAUGAACCCACAAAUUGCUUUCAUGAGAGGCGCCAUGAAGAUUAAGGGUAGUCUGAGUGCAGCACAGAAAUUCACUCCGGACAUUUUUCCAAAGCCUUCAAAGAUGUAAUAAGAACCAUAGAAAGAGGGAGCUAGUCGUGUCAAGACUGUUUCCCUUUGAAUCCUUGAAAUUUAAGUUUUUAGAUGCUUUCAAAGAAACAUGUUAUUAGACUGAAAUUUCUUUAAUUCUAUGCUGUAACCUGUAAGAUCAUAGCCAAUUAGCUCAUCUUUCAUUUACAUACUGUGGCCCGUUCCCAAA